AUGAUGCAUCGACCCAUCCGCGUGCACGUGGUGUGGUAUGGCAGUGCGUUUACGGAGAGGUUCAAAUCCGCUGUGCGGCUGUUCGUUAGCUCCCUCGCGCCCUCUGCUGACCCUGCUGUCACUGUGCCCCUCUGGUGGAACGUCAACCGCAUGUAUUAUGACAGUGACGGCCGCAACGUGACAGCCAACAUCACCCUGGGGCAAGAAGCAACCGUAUCCAGCAGCGGUAACCUCACCACCUUUGACGCCACAGUGGACGUGGUACGGCAGGUUUUGGACGCAGGGAAGCUGCCGAUAAGCGCGGACGACAUGUACCUCCUGCUGACGGAUAAGAAUACGGUGCAGAGCGGUUCGAAGGAGAACGCAGGGGCCCGCUGGUGCAGUAGCUACUGCGCCUGGCACACGUUCUUUGACUAUAACACCACCACCACCACCACCACCACCACCACCAUCACCACCACCACCACCACCACCGCUGCUGCUGCUGCUGCUGCUGCUGCCAGCAGCAUUGUUGCCAAGAUCGCCUGGGUUGGAGACCCCACCAUCUACUGCCCAGGAUGCGGCCUCACCACACCGCUCCUGGACUUCUUCCCGCCCCCCAACGGCGACCCCGUGCACGAGGCCAUCAUCAGCUUCAUCGGCCACGAGAUUGCCGAAACCGCCUCCUCCUGGAACAUGCGCACCUGGCUCGACUCGGGCCUCUUCGAAAACGCCGACAAGUGCCAGACGUGGUUUGGAACGUCGACGCAGCUAAACACUGCGACUGCUUCGACUGGGGGGUUGUUUAAUAUGAGGGGGAUUAACGGGUCUAAGUAUAUAGUGCAGGCGAAUUGGGAUCUGGUGCAGAAUAACAAGUGUGUGCUGUUUGCUCCGUAUCCCCCGGAUCCUCCUCCUCCUCCCCCUCCUCCUCCAUCUCCGCCCCCACCCUCUCCUCCCUCUCCCCCUCCCUCCCCUCCUCCCUCCCCUCCUCCAUCCCCCCCUCCUCCUCCCCCCCCUUCUCAACGCGCCCAAUCACCAGCAACGCCGCCUAAAGUUCCUGAUCAUGUUAGAAAUUUCCGAGCGUUCAUUUGCAGAGUGCUCCGGCGGUGCAAAUGA